GGCACGACAUGAGAAAGUCAAUCAAAUUCAAAGCUUCAUUCGGAAGAAGUUCAAUGUCUGUAUGAAAAAGGCAGAUUAAUGAAGAAACUAUCCGCCUUUCAUUGCAUCUUAACGUGUAACUAGGGAUUAGUAAUUUUCUUUAAAACACAUCCAUUAGUGAUAAGCCCGUACUUUUCGAAUAACACAGAUUUUGAGUUAAAGGUGUGAAUUCCGCACCGGCUUGGAACAUUUUGGAAAAGGGUAUCGCGGAAUUAUAUAUCGGAGUAAAUAAAUUGACAAAAUGUUUUUAUGAUAAUUUGUCACGAGAUGUAUUAACUGUUAUUUAAGUUUUAGAUAUGAAAUAUUACAUUAAAGAAGUACUGGCUGCGGACUGUUAGAAGAAUGGGUUGCGUCAAUUCAAGGACAGCUCCGAUAGAAGAUGUUGAUUACAAAAAUGUUGAGGAUACCAAUCCGGAUUAUCCGCCAGCAUAUAUCCCGGACAGCACAAAGGCAGAAAUCUACGAUAAGGAUGUUAACAGAGAUAUACAACAGAAGAUUGCUGCGAUGCCAAAAGGGACUGAUGGAACUUAUACCUCGCUGUUGAAAUAUCUGUCCACGGGACUGACGAAAGAAACACACCAUGUCACCGCAAUUUAUCUCUGGAUGAAGGAUCAAGGUUAUGACAGCGCCUCGCUUGAUAUGGUCAAAGAUGGAGAUACCCCAAGAGAGUAUAUGAAGAUGAUUAAAGACGACAGGGGUGAUCUCACAACUUUCUUUACAAUCUUGUGCAGGCGUUCUGGUAUUCCAUGCAACAUAAUCUCCGGACUUGGCAAGAACGAGACAUACUUCAUUGGAGCGCCCGAGAAUUCCAUGCAGACCAAAUGGGCUGCCGUGUUUGCUGAUGAAGAGUGGCAUCUGAUUCAUAUAGAGUGGUCUAUGCAGAGAGGGGCGGGCAGCUCAGAUGAUGUCGAAACAGAGGCUUCCGAUUUUUUCUUCCUUACGGACCCGGAUGUAUUCUCAACCUUUUGCCAUCCAGAAGACUUCAACUGGCAGCUGCUUGACCAACCAAUUUCCAAGAAAGAAUUUCUCAGUUUCCCAUAUUACAAUCCACAUUUCUUUCUCAUGCAUAGUUCUGUUCUGGCGCCAAAAUCGGGAACAGCCAGAGCGAUGAAUGGAAAACUUGAUAUAGAAAUUGCAUUUCCCAAAAGACAAAUUGACAAUAUUGAAGUUAAUUCUUUUGCAUACUUCAUUGGUGAAUCAAAUGAAAUUGAAAACAGGAACACUAAGGUAGACAUUUUAGAUAAAUAUGUGUUCGUGAACAGAAAGCCUUCAAAGUUUAUUUUCGAGGUUACUCUUCCAAAGGCUGGUAGAUACCUCUUCGAUAUUUAUGGAGGUUAUCGAGAUAAAAUGGUGGAGAAAGCAAAAACUCCAGGAAAAGGACUUCAACGCUUGUGUCAAUUUAGAAUUAUUUCUGAUAAACAUUUUGAAGAAGGUGAAGUAGAGGCGCUGCCGGACAGUCAAGAAAAUGGUUGGGGACCAGGCCCACACUGCCGCAGUCUAGGUCUUGUACCUCUGACUCAUUUUGAAAGCUGUAUUUACAUUAAACCUGGAGAAUACAGAGACCUAUGGUUCAGAAUGGAACGAGAUUUAGAUGUUACUUGCCAACUUACGCACAAUUAUCUGCCAGUUUAUGAGCUUGUAGAACAAGUGGAAUGUGCAACAGGCGAUAAUGAGGUUCAAGUGCGAGUUCAUGUUCCGGAGGAGGGUCAGUAUGCUUUAAAGAUCUACUGUAGGGAAGCCGGCUCCAAGGUGUUUCAUGAGGCGUGUGUCUAUCUUAUCAGGCAAAGAGAAAAAUCUCGUUUACCAGAGAAACAUCGAGAUAAAAUGCUCCGAAAUCGUCUCGAGCACAAUAUAAAAAAUCACACAUCGGAGAGAGCUCUACAGGAUGCCAUUGAAGUGUUCAGAUGUUACACAGUUCCCGAUCAUGGUGAAAUAAAACAAGGGGAGGAGAAACUGAAACAGUACUGGGAAGUAAAGAAAGAGCUAAGAUCUGCCAUAAAAGGGCGAAAUAUCAAUGUUGUUAACAAAUGGUUAGCCAGGGCGAAGAAGUCUAAAUAUCAUCAAGAUUUGCAAGAGGACAUCACGGAGGCGGAGCGCUUGCAAGACAAUUUGACAAAAAUGAAAGGUCACAUGCACCCGAUGGCAAAGAUGGAUCCCCACACAAUAAUAGAAAUAAGGAAUUACAAACGACCACCUAAAAUUGUACACGAUGUAAUGUCAUCAACAUACCUUCUACUUGGCGAACAAAGGGACGAUCUACAGGACUGGGAGGAGAUCCAGUAUUUGAUGGGCAAGCAGGGUUCAGAGAGUCUGCAAAAAAGAGUGAUUAGUCGACGUCCAGAAGAUGUGCAUAUAGAAAUUGCUGAAGAGAGUGAUUCUUUGAUCCAGCCUUACAGCAUAGACAAGUGUAGGACCGUUUCCAAUGGCAUCUGUACUUUCUACAAAUGGAAUAAACAUUUCAUCAAAGAAGUGAGACAGAGAGAUCUGGAAGAGAGACAGAGACUUGAAGCUGAAAGGCAACAUUCAGAUAAUGAAAUAUUAGAUGAAGUCAAUGACCUUUCAAGGUCAUCACGUCCUAAAAAUAGAGAACCAGUUAAAUUUGAAGGCAGAGGAGAGCCUUACGAAGUUGAAAAGGAAGAAAAUGGUGUAAAGGAAGAAAAUGAUAUAGAUAAAAAAGGACAUGAUACAAAAGGAGAAUAUGAUGAACUAGAGAAGAAACAUGAGUUCAUAAUGAGCCCAACAAGACCUCCAGAGGGAAAACAAAGUUCCCCUGUUUCUUACGCGGGCUGGAAACCAAGCGACAUAUCCUAACCAAAACUUAUGAAGUAACUACAAGGCUUACUGCAUAGUUAAACGGACGUCAUUUUACGUCUAUCAUAACAAUUUAUAUAAAUUUCUUCGAAGGGGAGAAAAAUGUUAACUUACGUUCUAGGAUUUUGUUGGUCAACAACUUGCUAUUUGUAAAUAUGUUCCAUAUACUAGCAGAACAAGUAAUGUUUGCAUGUUUGACUUAACAUAAUGAGUUGUUUGCUGUUAAAUUUUAAAACAUUUUAAUUAAAAAAAGGGACAAAGAUCACAUAGGAAUAAAAAAAAUCACGUUCUAAGAACGAAGAAGCCUUAAAUAGGUGCAUGCUUAAUGAAAUACACGAAAUUAAACACAGAAAUGUUCGUCGCAAAUAUUGUAAUAAUUGUACAAAUGUACAUAAUUAUUGCUCUUUUUUCUACUUCUUUAAAACUCUAGCAUAUCAUCCGUCUUGCUAUUAAUUAAAGUAAAGAUCAAUUUUACUGAAAA